AUGAAAACUGUUUUGAUUUAUAUUUGCUUUGCUGCUACACUAGCCAUAGCUAAGUGCAACUACUACACUAUAGAGAAUCCUACGAUAUCGUACUACAACCCUAAAUACAUGAAGGACCCCGUGUAUACAGUCACAAAGAAUGCUGAUGACGAAACUUACACUAUCCAUAUGGAAGGCGAAAAUUUGAUAAAAUUUGACGAUAAAAUAACUUUGACUCUGACACUGCUUACAAAAGUCGACGACCAAUACCAACCGACGGGAUUAUCAAAGACAUUCAAGCUAUGCAAAUUUUUUGAAGAUCCUUUUGGAAAACUCCUUUUACAACAAUUACCUUCUAUGAAAUGUCCUUUUCCGGCUCAAAAACAUACCUUCACGUUCAAGUCAUUGGCGCUCAACCAGAUUCCGUUCGCAAAAAAUCUAGAUUCUUCGUGGAAGACCGGCGUAAGAAUCGAAAUGCGCAUGGAUACGGACUCCAAAGAAUCAAUUAUUAAAAGUUCUUCUGAUAUCAAACUUAAGUAAAAUAAUAAAAUUAGCACUUUUGUUAAUUGCAGUUAGGAUUGCAACUCACUUUUCAACACGCUUCAGCACUGCGUUACGGCGCAUCGGGUUUGUU